AUGUGGUCGCUCCUGACGCUUGCGUUCCUGGGCUCCGUGCCGCGGGCGCUCGCGGCCGGCUACUGCGCCACGAACACCUUCCCGACGAACACCACCUGGAUGCAGUUCACCAAGGAGCCCGUCUCCUUCGAGUACGGCUUCCAGAACAAGUUCAAGAGCAUACACUGCUGCGUGAAGGGAUACAGGAGCAUCGAGUGUCGUAACUAUCCCACUAUGGUUUCGCCGGGCGUGAUCUCGUCUGCACCUGCGCGAGGUAGCGGAGAUUCUUGGAAGCGGUCGCCAGUAUCCGCAUCGGCGAAACAUGCGCAUGCAACCUAUCAUUAUGUCGGCAUGUAUAAGUGCGUG